AUGAUGAACAUAUUCCACUGCAAUCGUGCAAGUAAGACUUUGCCCGAUCUUGAGAGGCAAGAUCCCAAAACUGCCAAAGAAGGGGAAGAGCAAGAUCACGCAACUACUCAGGAAGGAAUAAAGCAAGAUCAAGAGCAUGCAAUAUUGCAAGGAAGGCAAGACUAUGGAGUCAAGGACUCAAACUUGCUAUUCUACUACGACAUCAAAUUCAAUGCCCAAGAUAUCCUCGAUGCAUCUGUGAUAGAGUCUUACACGAACCCAAAUGUCACGCGCAAGAUGGCGCAAGCAUAUGGUCAGUUUGCAAAAGAUUUGUUGGAUGAUCUUGUACAAAUUAUAUCCCUACAUGAAAGUUGGGAAGUCGAUACUUUGUGUGAAUUGGUUCAAUUCAAAAACAGGUCUUUCACGUAUGCACCUCCACCCCCUCCGCCUAUGGAAAUCUGGAUCUCAGAACUAGACGCAUUGCGCCGCGAUCUUGACCAGAGCCUCAAGAAUAUGGAGGAAGAGUUCAAAAUGCUCAACAUGCCAUGUUUGACUACUUCCCACAAAAGGGCCAUCGAAAACUUGACUCACUUACUUCAUGAUUGGAUUGAAGAACGCACAGUGUACUAUGCUAACCAUCUCGCAGGCGUGUCGCAUAUUGUCAAGAUCAGAAGUGAGUACACAUUCACGCGGUUGAGGCAGAUCAGAGAACUGAUCGCUAAUUCCCCUGUCAAAGGUGAAGACGCAUUCAUCAUACCAUUUGCGUAUAUUUGUAUCUUCCAGCCGGAUUUGGAUAACAUAGAUAUCCAUUUGUAUAUUAUCUUUGGUACGUUAGUCUUUUUAUUUGCACUUCAUGUUUUGUCGUGGUCAUCAGGACAAUUUGUCUAUUGGUUGUGCUCUUUCUUUUCCCCAAGAAAAGAAAUCUAUGAGAUCGCUUCAAAAGCAUUGAAUGUGGCUAGAUCAGACUGGCCAUCUCUUCAGUUUGGCCCCGAUCCUUCAUGGGGUUCCGGUUACUGUUGGUGGAAGAGAGUGAGGCGAACGGAAUGGGAUCCAUGGGCACAAAACGCUAAGGCAGCCCAUGUCGUCAAUAUUCGCAGUUGGAUAGAUGUCCCUUUGCCUAGUAUAACUCAUGAUUCGUGA